AUGGGGUGUGUGGGUACCCAUGAAGCCACUUUGCCGUGUAACAAAGUGACCCAUGAUCAGGAUGAAUGUAACAGUACUACCUGGCUCUUCAGUGAUUCAGGAAGCGCAGUAGAGCUGGUUAAAGGUGGGCAGAUUGGUAACCAUGCUAAAUCAGACAGACUGAGAGUUACAGAGAAAUGUUCUCUGGUUAUAAAGAAGGUCACAGAGGAGGAUGCUGGUUAUUACACCUGCAGACAGUUCAACAAAGCAGGUCAACAACAAGGUUCAGACUUUCAGGUUGACCUGUCUGUUGUUACCAUGACUGAGCAUCAGGUCAAUGAUGAGGUGACGUUACGCUGCACUGUGACGACACGUGGAGGGUGUAGACUCUCAGUGAAGUGGCUGCUUCACGGUGAAGAUGUCGAAAAAGAGAACAAGGAUAUAAGGACAUCACAGUCUUCCUGCUCUGCUUUUGCGACAUUUCCGACCUCUCAUUAUAGUUACACACAAAGGUCUACAUUUUUUACUUGUGCAGUAAAGUAUGGUGGCAACGUGCAGACCUUCAGUCCUCAGUCCUCAGAUGGGGACAAACAAGCAGCAACAACAUCAACAACAACAACAACAACAACAAAUACAUCAGGUCGCAUCAACAACCCAGAAUGGUGGUUGUACACGGUUCUGGCUUUGGUUCUCGUCGCACUUCUGAUAACCAUUGUGGCUUUCAUCACAUGGAGGAAAAUGAAAGGGAAAGAAGCACGGGAAAGUGACAGUGUUGUGAGUACUUAAAUAUAUAUUUUUAUUUAAAGUUGAAAAAAAGC